AUGAGAACUGCACCUGGAGAUCUCGCAUCGACGGUUGGCAAUGCCAGUGCGGCAUACAACGUCCUCUACCGCACUACAGACAGCCGACGUGAGCCAUCAUGGGCGGUAACAACCAUCUUCGUCCCAGUCACAUCCAAGCGAGACUGCCACCAACCGACGUGGUCUUCUCUGUUGUCCUAUCUGGAUCCAUAUGAUGUUGCUACAGUCGAUGCUAGUCCGAGUUACAGCCUAUACUCAAAUCCUCUUCCCGACAUCCCGACCGCGUUGGGAAAAGGCUGGGUUGUCAACGUGCCUGAUUACGAAGGACCCUUAGCAUCAUUCAUCGCAGGUCUUCAAGCCGGCCAAGCUACCCUUGACUCAGUUCGGGCUACAUUGUCCCUUUCGGCAACUCUCGGGUUGACCCCAAAGACCAAGAAUGUUCUAUGGGGUUACUCAGGUGGCGGGUUCGCAGCAGUCUGGGCCUCGGAGCUACAGCCAACAUAUGCACCAGAGCUACAUAUUUCAGGAGCCGCUAUUGGAGGCAUGAAUGCCAACGCGACGUCCUCGAUUGCGGCAAUCAACGGCGGUCUGUACUCGGGACUCAUACCUGUUGGCCUGCUCGGCUUAACAAGCCAGUUUCCCGACGUUCGCAAUGUGCUAGUGUCCUCCCUGAAGACUGAAGGAGAGUAUAAUCGUAGUCGAUUCCUCGCGGCGGCAGAUAUGACGCUUCAGGAGUGGGUGGUCGCCUACGCGAACCAGGACAUCUAUCGAUACUUCAAGAACGGCGCUUCCGAUGUUCUGGAUGGUCCUAUUCGUGAGCUUGCCGAUCGGGAUGGCACCGCUGGUCACUAUGGCGUGCCCAAGAUACCAUUGUUCGUGUACCAGGCUAUUCAGGACCAUGUCAACCCAGCGAAGCCUGUCGACGCACUUAUUGAGAAGUAUUGCUCAAAGGGCGCGGAUAUACUCUAUCAACGUAACUCGGUGGGCGGGCACGUGGAGGAAGCUGCAAACGGAGCUCCUAGCGCAUGGAAAUGGCUCGCUUCUGUGUUGUCUGGAGAGCCUCAACAAAAAGGAUGUGUUGUCCAGAAUGUAACAAUCUCUGUUGGGUGA